AUGGCUAUCACCACCCCGUUCCAGACUCUCUUUGCGGUGCCCAUGACCUGCGAGAGUUGUAUAAAUGAUGUCUCUGGGUCAUUAUACAAAAUUGGUGGUAUUCAAAAGGUCGAAGCAAAUUUGAAGGAUCAACUCGUAACCGUCGAAGGAACAGCACCACCUUCGGUAAUUGUGGCCGCUAUUCAAGCCACUGGGAGAGAUCCCAUUUUAAGAGGCACAGGAUCGUCAGACAGUGCUGCAGUCUGCAUUCUUGAGACACAUGCCACGACGGUAUCAGACAAAGUUCGGGGGCUUGCGCGAAUGGUCCAGGUCGCUCCUAACUUGACCUUGAUUGAUCUUACGAUUCGUGGGCUGGCGCCAGGUAGAUAUUGGGCCACAAUUAGGGAGACGGGCAAUAUCGUCCAAGGAGCUGUAUCAACUGGUGGCAUCUGGGCUGAUCCCAAGGAAGGUGCCCUCCGACCUCGAGGCAUCCUGGGGACGGUGCAGGUUGGUACGGAUGGGGUUGGCAGUGUGUUUAUUGACAAGCCGAUUCAGAUAUGGGAGAUGAUUGGAAGGGGAAUGGUGGUGUCAAAGCAGCAUGAAGGCGAGGGCAAAUUUGAGAAGAACGACGAGGAUACACUUGUUGGUGUGAUUGCGCGGAGUGCGGGGGUUUGGGACAAUGACAAGACCGUCUGCUCCUGCUCAGGAAAGACGUUAUGGGAGGAGAGGAAGGAUGAGGUGAGCAGAGGGAUGCUCUGA